AUGGCGGCCAGCAGUAAAGAAGAAAGUUUGGCGAAUCUAUUCGAAUUACAAGACAAAGAGAGACUAGAGUGCGACCUCUAUGUUUCAGGUGGAACUAGGUACAAGGGAAGAGAGAGUAAUGCUCUUUUGGUGUUAAACAAAUUCAGAAUGGAAGGAGAAGCAGGUUUUUGCGAUCUGAUCUUGGAGGUGGAAGGUCGACAGUUGGCAACUCAUCGCUGCGUUUUGGCAGCAAACAGUCAAUUCUUUUACACCAUGUUCAGUAGUGGAAUGAAAGAAUCGAAUCAAACACUUUUGAGCCUGAAGUUGGUUUCAUUUCAAUCCAUGUCACUUAUCUUGGAUUAUUUCUAUACGCGAGAAAUUGUCAUAAAUGACGAAAACGUGCACGACUUACUCAAUGAUUCAAGCUUCUUACUUGUGACGCCCGUGAAGAACGCUUGUAUAGAGGUUCUAUCCAGAAGGCUGGGCAGUGAUAAUUGCUUUAGUAUUAUGCAGAUAGCCGAGCAGUUUGGCGCUGACAUACUUGCAAAAAGGGCAAAGGAUUUCAUUAAACUUAACUUUUCCAUUGUGGUGAACAGUGAAGAAUUUGUCUCCAUUUCGCAGGAGGAAUUAGUGCACUUCAUAUCAAGUGAUGAUAUACAAGUAGAAAAGGAGGAGGAAGUCUACCAGUGUGUGUUAAAAUGGGUUAAACAUGAGGCAAGCCGUUUGGCUGUUUUACCUGAGCUACUGAAACACCUACGACAAGGCUCACUGCCAAAAGGAUUCCUUGAAUCAGAGCUGACCAAAGAACCACAACUGGUGGUGGCAGAUAGUCAUGCUGUUCCUCCCUCUAAGAAAGUUAAGAAAACUAAGGGGACCAAAAGAUCAAGAAAAGCAAAGAGUGUUAAAUCUGCAAAGGGGCAGCAGUUGAGACCAUCUACAGAGAUUCGCGACAUCAUGAUUGGAAUUGGCACUGGAGAUUGCCGUAAAACAUUUUGUUAUGAUUUGAAAAACAAGCAAGUUAUGGCUCUUGGAGACUUAUCAUUAUUUCAGUUUGGCCCACAAGUGGCGGUAGUUGGACGGACAGUAUAUUUAGUCGGGGGACAAAAAUUGACCAGUGCAAGUGUAAAAAAGGUGAAUGCAGCAUGUUUUGAAGAUGCAAAGAAACUGAAGUUUUCAGCAGGUGUAAAGAUGGCGCCUGAGUGGAAAGAAAAGGCACCUUGUGAAGAAGCCAGAUCAAAGGCAUCUCUUGUGGCUCUUGAUGGGCUACUGUAUUACAUUGGUGGGUGGAAUUUACCAAGUGGGUGUACCAACACAGUGGAAUGUUACAAUCCUGAAAUGAAUGAGUGGAAUUUCUGUGCAGGACUUAACAAAGCUAGAUGCAAGUCAGGCUGUGUGGCAACUGAGAAGCACAUUUUCAUUAUUGGUGGAGGAACAACCCUUGAACAACAAAGAGAUUCAAUGCUGCCAAGUGUUGAAAAAUUCAACCCAGUAGGAAAUUCUUGGUCAUAUGUUUCCCCUUUAAAUGAAGCAAGGUCAGAGCCAGGAUGUGUUUACUGGAGUGGCAAGAUCUAUGUGAUUGGAGGAAUCGAUAACACUGGUUUCCAAACUUCAAGCUGUGAAGUGUAUUCUCCAAUCACAGAUGAAUGGGAAGCCAUUGCACAACUGCCUUACCCUCAUAGUGGAGUCAACAAUGUCAUCAUUGUCAGAAACCAGGUUACUGUUCCUCUUCAGCUUGGUACAACAGAUUAUUCCUGUGAUGCUUUGAAAUACAGCAUACGGUCAAAAAAGUGGCAGAAGGUCAAGAGUCUUGGUCCAAGUGACAAAGUAGUUUCAUUUACCCUCUGCACUAUGAAACUUCCUGCACUGAUUUUGCAAAGAAUGCCAAAAGAGGGUUGCCCAGAGGUUUUCUUUGGAGAUGGUUUUGAUAGUGAAGAAGGAGAUUGGUAUUACUCUAGUGACAGUGAUAGCUCAAGUUUCUUUGGAUGGGAUUCCCCGAAUGAUUCUGACAAUCUUUACAUUGAGUCUGAUGGUGGUGAUGAAAUUUUUUGAAGUGUGUCAUGUUAUUGACAUUUGUAUCAUAUUUUAACAAAUCAAGACAGGCAUAUUACAAUUUAUACCUUGCCAUAGAAAAUACAGCCUAUCAGAGUACAGGAAAGCCAUUGUACAUUUGACAGUAUUGCAUCCUACCUUCCCAUCAUACGCUGCGCGUAUGUCGCAUUGAUUGUGUUGGUCACUGUAUUUCUAAGGCAUGGUAUAAAAUAGUUAUGCAAUGCUCUC